AUGAAUUGUAAUUAAAUAUUUAUUGAUUAACUUAGAUGUCCUGAUUUUUAUACAAAGAAUUAACAUGCAUCAUUAAAUUGUCCUCCAAAAUACUCGUAAAAUUUUAUAAUGAAUCAAAUAAUCCAUAAACCAAGAAUUUUAAGAAAUUAAUAUAGUGCAUAGAAAUACUCUUAAUCAACUGAAGACCUUGGUUAUUUAUUUGAAUAACCAUAAGUUUUAAAUCUAACAAUAUCUUAAUUAAGAGAUAUGAAAUCUAUAAAUAAGAUAAAGAAGACUAGUUUAUGUUCAAAAUCAAAAAGUAAGGAAAAGAAUGUAACAAAUUAACCAUAUGAGAGAAAAAGAUCAAAUACAUAUUAAAUUAAUUCUUUAGCUUAAACAGCUUUGUUAUUUGUUAAUCGUUAAGAAAAUAGAAUGAAAACAGCUGAAAAUGUAGAUAUUUAAUUAGAUGUAAAAAACAUAGAAUUAUUACAAAGUACUUAAUAAAGCGUUAUAAAUAAUCAUUUAAAUAAAUCUAUAAAUUUGCCAAAUAAUAAUAUUGAAUCAUCUAUGCACUCUUGUGUAUCUUAAAAAAGCAUUUCUUUGGCAAAUUAAAUUAAUUUGGUUAAAGAAUAUGUCUCAGAAAUUAAUUAAUAUAAUAUAAAGUGGGAAGAAACUGAAAAAAUAACAAAAAAUAUACCUAAAAAAUUACUAGAAAAAUACGCUACUUCAGAUGAUACAUCUUUAUAUUUAGAAUCUUCAAGAUUUAAAAUUGAGAGGAAUUAUAAUUAAGUUUAUAAAUCAGGUAAAUUAAGAUGGUUAUUUCCUGGAGAAGAAGCUGCAAUUAUACAGGGAAUAGAAGAAUUUCUAAAUGAUUGUUAAAAAAAGAUAUCAUUGUUAAUGAUGAGUAUAUAAAAGAUUUUGAAAACAAUUAUUACAUAAAAAAGAUUAGAAUAUUUAUUCAAUUACCCAAUUUGUAUGAAAUAAAUAGAAGCUCAUUGGAAAAUUAUGGCAACUAUAUUUAAAUUAAAGAGAUAACAUCAUAUUUAUAAAAAUUAGAUGACACAUAAAUUAUGGAAAGAAAUUCAAGCAUCAAAAACUUUAUUUUUAGAUUUAAAUUUGGAUAAUAGUAAACUAGCUUUAUUUGUAAAAUAAUUAUAACAUUGA